GGUAGCGGCCAGGAUCAUCACAGUCAGCUCCUGCAUCGACUCCACACACACCAUGAACACCAAGAUCGCCAUCCUCCUCGCCCUCGUGGCUGUGAUCGCCGCCGACAGCGACGAGUUCAGAGGCUACGGCGUGCCCAGGAGGUCCUCUGAGUCCUUCGAGUCCUACGAGUCCUCCGAAGCCCAGUACAACUUCCAGUGGGCCGUGGACCACGACCCCUCCAGCAACGAGUACGGCCACCAGGAGGCCCGCGACCAUGACAACACCAAGGGCUCCUACUACGUGGAGCUUCCCGACGGUCGCGUCCAGAACGUUGCUUACCAGGUCAACGGCGGCUCUGGAUACCUCGCCGACGUCACCUACACCGGCUCCGCUGAGUCCUUCGAGUCCGACGAGUCCAACGAGUCCUUCCGUUACUACGGAUCCAACGAGUCCAAGUAAACUGCUAAUGCAAGAAGUUACUUCCUCGCCAAGCCUGACCAUGACUACCUCCUCAUGGGGAGACAAAGACAACGAGAGUUGCCUGUUAUUUAUUAACUUAUUAUGACUAUACAAUAAAACAUCCAGCAAUA